UGGGGCCCCCUACUGACCCCGGGCCCUCGGGCCGUGCCCGAGUGCUCGUAUAGCCAGUCCGCCCCUGGUGCCACCUGUCAGUGUCCAUCAGUGCCUUAUGUCAGUGCUCAUAAGUGCCUCGUGCCAGUGCCCAUCAGUGCCACAUCAGUGCCACAUAUCAGUGCACACCAGUGCGCAUCAAUGCCACAUAUCAGUGCCCAUCUGAGCUGCCUUUCAGUGUCACCCAUCAGUGCCACCUAUCAGUGCCAGUCAGUGCCACCUAUCAGUGCCAGUCAGUGCCGCCUAUCAGUGUGCAUCAGUGCCACCUAUCAGUGCGCAUCAGUGCCGCCUAACAGUGCCAGUCAGUGCCGCCUAACAGUGCCAGUCAGUGCCGCCUAACAGUGCCAGUCAGUGCCGCCUAUCAGUGCUGUCUAUCAGUGCCAUAUAUCAGUGCCAUGUAUCAGUGCUGCCUUUCAGUGCCAAUCAGUGAUGCCUGUCAAUACACAUCAGUGCCACCUACCAGUGCCACCUAUCAGUGUCCAUCAGUGCAGCCUAUCAGUGCCCAUCAGUGCACCCUCAUUAUUGCACAUCAGUGAAGGCGAAAAAUCACUUAUUUACAAAAUGUUAUAACAAAAACUAAGAAAAAAAAUUUUUUUUUUCAAAAUUUUCAGUGGUUUUUGGUUUGUUUAAGAAAAAAAAA